AUGCGUUGUAAACCGCCGAUAGAUCAGGUGUUCGUUGGCGUCGUCUACGGUAGCAUGUGGUUCGUCGUUUGUUUUCUUUCGUUCUCGCACGGGACGGCCGGCUCGCAUUCGUACGCGAAUGGCUUUGCUAAUGCGUCGAGCAAUCGACGAAUUGCUGUUGUGGUUUGCGGCGCUGUCGACCUCGCUGUAAUUAAUGCGGGCGAACUACUGCCUGUGCCCCCCGAUGGUGGUUGGGGUUGGGUGAUCGUGGCCGCAAGUUUUUUGGCCAACAUGGUAGUCGAUGGAAUUGCUUAUUCGUUUGGCAUACUUUUUCCAGAGUUUCAUGCCUAUUUUGGCAAGGCGAAACAAGAGACAGCGUGGAUUGGAUCCCUGCUGACUGGCGUGUACAUGUUAAUAGCAGGAGAAGAGGUUUCCUACAACGAACUACAGUACAACGAUUUCACUCUGAACCGUGUAAUUGUUUUAGGUCCUUUCGUGAGCGGCUUGGUGAACAAAUUUGGUGCUAAGGCUGUGAUGAUCGCGGGUUCUCUUAUCGCUUGUCUUGGCUUCGUCAUUUCGGUGUUCGUGCGCUCGUUGCCACUGAUGAUGCUCUUCUACGGGAUAUGUGGCGGCGUCGGAUUCGGUUUCAUAUAUUUGCCAGCUUGCGUAUACGUCGGUUAUUAUUUCGAGAAGAAGCGCGCGUUGGCUACCGGUAUCGCCGUGGCCGGUUCAGGUCUGGGAACACUAUUGAUUCUGGCUGGCAUCAUCGCGAACUGCGCCGUUUUCGGUUGCCUUAUGAGGCCACUGGAACACCCAAAGUCCGUCAAACGUCUUCCGCACACUGGUCAAAAUAUGGUCGAGAAAAUUAACACCUCAACUAUGCUGCUUCAUUCGAACAACGACGUCGAACUGAAGCCGAUAGUAUCCAAGCCUGCGCAGUUCAAGCGGUUUCAUUCUAGCCUGUCCGAAUCAUAUGCCGCAGACGUCGACGUCCAUGCAAGUCUUCUCUCCGGAAUCGAAGGACAAAAAGAAACGAAAGCUCGUAACGAGGCGAAAGCAGAAUUUCAAAACCAUUCUCUAAUUGAAGCAGGUAUGUCAACCGUGAUUUAAAU